CUGUAAGGCGCUUGACGAUGACGGAAGCGUGUUUAUGACGUCAUCAACACUCGCCCUACUUUUUUGGUCCUAAAUCGUGUGGUAGUAUUGUAUAAUGUGCUUACAAAACGGCUAUGUUUAUAUAAGCUGAAAAAUUAAGGACUGCAGCCCAAACCAACCAAAGCCUGGCAGCUCACCUUACCAUCAUCAACAAUCAUCACAUCCCCACAUUGUUGCCUGAGGAUUGGAGGCAGGAAAGCAGCUGUGACACCUCAUCAACAACCAGUAACACCACACUGUGAAGAUGUUUACUCAGAGACCAGGAGGAGAGUAGGGUCACAGACACAGGGAUUUUGAAACAGUGGCAGAUUCAGGAAACCAUGUCUGGAAACAGAGACUCAUUCCAGACUGUUUCAUUGUAGAAGGAUUCCAUCCUCUCCUGCCUAUUGUCUCCUUCAGCCUCUCUUUGCCCUCAGCUACCGUCUGUGUCGUUUCAUGUGAAGUCCCUGUCACUUUGGACACCAGCGCUGGCGUGAAUGUGCUCGCCGAAGGCCCCUGCACACAGAGUUGAAUUCCUACUUUCAGGGCCAAAGGGAGGAUUUCCUUUUCAAAAUGUCUGGAUGGUAAAUAUGUCACCAGGAUGGAAAAUGAUCCCGGGGAAAACAGGUGGGAUGUUUUCAAACCAGCCACAGGAGUGUGUGUGAUCUAUUUCUUCUCUCACACGCCGUGUGAGAGCAGGUAUGGAGUGCGAUCCCCCGGCCAGCAGAGGUAUUAUCUGUCAGGAGAACGCAGCCCUGGGGCAGUUCAUCUGAGAUCUGAUGCUAAAUCUCCCCUAAUUAGAUUCACUGUGUGUUAUGUUUCACUGUCUCCCUCUCAUGGAGAUAACAGAAAUGACUGACCUUUACACUGCCAAAUCAGUUCUGACAAAAGGAGGGCGACCUAACACACACACACACGCACGCUACUAUUUUUGAUGAGUAAAUGUUGUCGAAGUAUUGACCAUAUACGCUGGGUGGUAAAGAAAACUAAUGUAGAAGUUCAUUGAACACAGACUGCUGAACUUGUAGAGGAAAAAACAACUUUUUUUUCUUUUUUUAUAGGUCAUGUAUUAAGAAGCAACACCCCCUCCCCGCCCCCCGCAAAGUAGAUCCACAUGGGAACAGUGCCAGGAAACAGCAUCAUCAAGGAAAACAUCAAGGAAACGUGUGGUUUACCGAUGGAGGAGCUCGCCGUGAAAGAACGAGAUCGAGAAAAAUGUCCUGAGUCAGUCCUUGUGGCCCGGAGAGCAGAGUGCUGAUGGGACCUGCUGCGCCACCAUGAGCUUACAAGAUGGCGGCUGCAGCUACGCCAGCAGCGCCAACAUGGCCUCCGCUAGUGGCAGCAUGCGGCGGCGCCUGGAGGACCAGGAAUUCACCUUGCGGGUCUACCCGGGCUCGCUGGCUGAGGGCACCAUCUAUUGCCCUGUCACGGCCCGCAAGAACACCACGGCCGCCGAAGCCAUCGAGUUCCUCAUCGACAGGUUACACCUGGAGCGUACUAAAUGCUACGUGUUGGCCGAGGUGAAGGAGUUCGGGGGUGAGGAAUGGAUCCUGAACCCCGGCGACUGCCCUGUCCUGCGGAUGAUGUUGUGGCCACGAAGUGCGCUGGAGAACCGUGGCGGGCUAGGCAGUGGCGAUGACUACCGCUUCCUUUUGCGGGAGAAGAACCUGGACGGAUCUAUUCACUACGGAGGCAGCCUGCAGAUGUGGCUGCGGGUGACCGAGGAGCGCCGACUUAUGGUGGAACGGGGUUUCCUGCCCCAGCCUGCAGGAAACAACCCUCCGACCGACCUUUGCACUCUCCCAGAGCUAACGGAACGUGCACUUUUGGAAAGCUUACGUGCACGUUUCCGCCAGGAGAAGAUCUACACCUACAUUGGUAGUAUUCUUAUUGUGAUUAACCCUUUCCAGUUCCUGCCGAUCUACAACCCUAAGUAUGUCAAACUGUACGACAACCACUCCCUGGGGAAGCUGGAGCCUCAUAUUUAUGCUGUGGCUGACGUGGCCUACCACGCCAUGUUACAGCGAAAGAAAAACCAGUGCAUUGUCAUUUCUGGUGAAAGCGGAUCUGGGAAGACGCAGAGCACCAACUUCCUCAUCCACCACCUGACGGCACUGAGCCAGAAGGGCUUCGCCAGCGGGGUGGAGCAGAUCAUCCUGGGAGCUGGGCCCGUGUUGGAGGUAAGAAGUGUUUCAGUCUCCUGCUCACUGCCCGCUCCACGUCUUUAAAAUAAUUUUAAGUCAGAAUUCUGUGAGUGACAAUGCAUCA